CUGACGGAUGUUAUCAAUCACAUUAUUUUUCUCAUUAUUAAAUUAAAAUGAGCAACAAUAAGGAAAAAUGGUGAGCGUCGCAGUAAAGACCAGAGAGGGGUGAUUCUUGAAGCUAAGUCGCUGAGUUUAAGUUGCAGAUCUUGAGGUUAAGAGAAAGGGAGUGAGUGUUGUGUAAUGGAGGAGGUAAAGGGACAGAGAGGGAGUGGAACCACAGAGGCAGAUUUUGUGUUGCAAUGGGGAGAAAGAAAAAGAGUUAGAUGUAUGAAAGUGAAGAAAGAUCAAAGCCUUGCAAAUGGCAAAUCAACUGAUUGCUUGACUAAACGUAAACUCAUUUCGCGUGCUGUCUCUUCUGAGAGAGGCUCGCCUUCUCGACAUCUUAACCGUCCUAACAAGAUCACAGAUUCUCUAGUCAAUGUGCGGAGAUCGUUUGUGGCGUCGCCUGAGAAGGAAGACAGGUAUUACACAACUAGGGGUUCGAUGGGUAUAGAUGAGAGUGGAAAAAUUAUUAAGGAACCUGUGAAAGAAACCAAGAAGCAUGUGUGGCCAAAGUUGUUUAUAACUUUGUCAAAUAAAGAGAAGGAAGAAGAUUUCUUGGCUAUGAAAGGUUGCAAGCUUCCUCAAAGACCUAAGAAACGAGCCAAAUUGGUUCAGAAGACAUUGCUUCUGGUGAGUCCAGGAGCUUGGUUAUCAGAUCUGUGCAAAGAGAGAUAUGAAGUAAGAGAGAAGAAGACUUCAAAGAAGAGACCAAGAGGAUUGAAGGCAAUGGGGAGCAUGGAAAGCGAUUCGGAGUGAAGACUCUCACUAAAAAGAACUCAAAGAAAUAUUCAAGAUUUUGGUGAGGGGUAGAAUGGAUGUAUUUCGGUUUUUCAUUACAUUUUGAGAUGCCUCUCUUCAUUACUACAGGUUAACAAUGAGGCACUUGUAUUUUUGAUGAUGUUUUGCUUUCAAAGCUAAUCUAUCUUCUUGAUCUGUCUCUUUUCUCACCUUUUGCUUGUUUGACUUGUUGAUCUGCACAUAGACAAAUCAUGUACA